UAUAGUCCAUCGGAGUGGAGGAGUCGAGCUCAGUGUUGGAACGGUCGCUCGGCUGUCUCGUCCCGGCGAAAAUGGCGGGCGAUCAGGAACAAUUCCAGCAGCUCUUAACUGGAUUAUUGAGCGUCGACAACAAGAUCAGACAGCAGGCCGAGAACACAUAUGAUCAGAUCCCCAAUGAAACAAAGUUCCAGUUACUGUUAACCAAUGUUGUAAACAAAGCAGCAGGUGAAGAUGCACGGACUAUGGCAGCAGUCCUCCUCCGGAGGCUUCUCACAUCAAAUUUCGAUGAUGUAUUCCCAACGUUACCAGCUGAGGCCCAAGCCCAAGUUAGGGCACAGCUGUUGGCAUCUGUACAACAAGAAGACGACAGUAAUAUGCGCAAGAAGCUGUGUGACAUAAUCGGUGAAUUGGCACACAACAUGAUCGAUGAUGAGGGAAAUAACAUGUGGCCGGAGUUCUUGCAAUUUUUGUUUGAGAGUGCCAGCUCUGCAUCUAUUGCUCACAAAGAAAUUGCCUUGACACUUUUCAGUCUUGUACCUGGAGUGUUUGGCAACCAGCAGCAGCAGCACUUGGGUAUGAUCAAAGCUAUGCUAACAGCUUCUCUAGCCGAUGCUGCAAACCCUACAGUUCAGGCAUUGGCUGUCAAGGCCACUGCAGCAUUUAUCCUGCUUCACGAUAACGAACCAAACAUCCAGAAGAGCUUUGCUGAUAUUCUACCAUCUUUUCUCCAGAUCAUUGCCACAAGCAUCCAGGUUGGUGAUGAUGAUGCCUUGCUCAAGUGCCUGGUUGACUUGGCAGAGAGUUGCCCUAAGUUCCUUCGGCCGCAAGUCGAGACCAUCCUCCAGCUUGCCAUUAAAGCUCUACCAGAUCCCAAUGUAGGUGACAGUUGGAAGCAUCUGUUGUUGGAAGUUGUCGUAACUUUGGCCGAGACAGCCCCAGCAAUGGUGCGAAAGGCUGGUGCCAAGUACAUGAAUACGCUCAUCCCACAGAUGUUAACAAUGAUGACAGAUCUUGAAGAUGAGGAGGACUGGAGUGUGAGUGACGAGCAGGCUGAGGAAGAUAAUGACAGCAACUCUGUAGUAGCCGAGUCUUCUCUUGAUCGCCUUGCGUGUGGUCUCGGUGGCAAGACUGUUUUGCCACACAUCAACUCCACUCUUUCACAAAUGCUCCAGAGUGACAGUUGGAAGUGCCGCCAUGCUGCUCUGAUGGCCAUCUCGGCUGUUGGGGAGGGCUGCCACAAGCAGAUGGAGGGCAUGUUGCCACAGAUCAUGGAUGCUGUGAUCAGGUUCCUGCAGGAUCCCCAUCCCAGAGUUAGAUAUGCAGCAUGUAAUGCCAUCGGCCAGAUGGCAACAGACUUUGCUCCAAUCUUCCAGAAGAAAUUCCAUGACUCAGUUGUUCCUGGUCUCCUCCUGGUGAUGGAUGACAGUGCUAACCCAAGAGUCCAGGCUCAUGCUGGAGCUGCCCUGGUCAACUUCUCUGAGGUCUGCCCUAAGAACAUUCUAACAACCUACUUGCCUACCAUUAUUGCCAAGCUAGAGAGCAUUCUUGCUGCCAAGUUUAAGGAAUUGAUGGAGCGUGGCACAAAGCUGGUCCUGGAGCAAGUGGUGACCACCAUUGCGUCGGUGGCAGACACGGCAGAGGAGAACUUUGUAGAGUAUUAUGACCGGUUUAUUCCCUGCCUAAUGUACAUCAUUGAAAAUGCCAGCUCUCAAGAACUUAGAUUACUCAGAGGCAAGACAAUAGAGUGCGUCUCUCUGAUUGGUCUGGCUGUUGGAGCCGACAAGUUCCUAACUGAUGCUGGGAAGAUGAUGGACCUUUUGUUGAAGGCCCAGACCAACCAGGAAGAAAUGGCAGAUGACGAUCCACAGGUUUCUUACCUUAUCUCUGCUUGGGCUCGUAUCUGUAAAAUCAUGGGCAAACGCUUUGAGCCCUACCUGCCUUUGGUAAUGGGUCCAGUACUUAAGACUGCAUCUCUGAAGCCUGAGGUUGCUCUGUUGGACAAUGAGGACAUGAGUGCUGUUGAUGGUGACGAUGACUGGCAGUUUGUGUCAAUUGGAGAGCAACAGAACUUUGGUAUCCGCACAGCAGGGCUUGAGGAGAAGGCUACAGCUUGCCAGAUGCUUGUCUGUUAUGCUAGAGAACUGAAGGAUGGAUUUGCAGAUUACACAGAACAGGUUGUGAAACUGAUGGUGCCUAUGCUGAAGUUCUAUUUCCAUGAUGGAGUCCGAACAGCUGCUGCCGAGUCUUUGCCUUUCCUCUUAGAAUGUGCCAAGAUCAAGGGUCCGCAGUACUUAUCUGAAAUGUGGCAGUACAUGUGCCCUGAGCUGCUCAAGGCUAUUGAGACAGAGCCCGAGUGUGAGGUUUUAUCAGAACACAUGUAUGCAAUGGCCAAGUGUAUUGAGGUCCUCGGAAUGGGCUGCCUCACUAAUGAUCAGAUUACAGAGCUGAUUAGAAUACUAGAGAAAUCCCUGACUGACCACUUUGAAAGAUCUGUCAAGAGGCAAGAGCAGAGGAAGGAUGAGGAUUAUGAUGAGGUUGUAGAAGAACAAUUACUAGAUGAGGAUGAUGAAGAUGUCUAUGUUUUGAGUAAAGUAGCUGACAUCACCCAUGCACUCUUCUCUGCUUAUGGCCAGCACUUCUUCCCAUUCUUUGACAUUCUUUUGCCCCAUCUCGUAAAAUUGUUGGGCCCCACCAGACCUUGGCCAGAUCACCAGUGGGGUCUUUGCAUUUUUGAUGAUGUCAUAGAAUAUGGUGGCCCAGCAUGUGACAAAUACACAGAUCAUUUUCUACAGUUGUUGCUAGGCUUCGUAGGAGACAAGCAGGGUGAAGUAAGACAAGCAGCAGCCUAUGGUUGUGGUGUUUUGGGACAGUUUGCAGGGCCUGCAUUUGCCACAGUUUGUGCACAGGCUAUUCCCCUAUUAGUUCAGGUUAUCCAGAGUCCAGAUGCAAGAAAUGAAGUCAACCUUAACCCGACUGAAAAUGCUAUUGCUGCAGUUACCAAGAUCCUAAAGUAUAAUAAUUCAGCUGUAAAUGUUGAUGAGGUGAUCCCAGUGUGGCUUUCAUGGUUACCAGUCUGGGAAGACACAGAUGAAGCCCCACACGUAUAUGGGUAUUUGUGUGAUCUUAUUGAUGGCAACCAUCCACUCGUCUUGGGACCAAACAACUCCAACUUGCCACGUCUGAUGCUCAUCUUCUCUGAGGCAUUCAGGAGAGAAGCUGUAGAAAAGGAGGCAGAAGUUACGCAACGCAUGCUCAACAUCGUCCGACAGUUACAAGCAAAUCCUGAAGUGUUCCAAGCCUGUAUUAGCCAAUUAUCACAGGAACAACAGUUGGCACUUCAUAAAUACCUCACAACCUAGUUCUACAGUGUGCACAUAGGCCUUUUAAUUGUUUAGCUUUUGUUCCAGUUAUAAAUAUAUAAUCAACUGAUUGUUAUCACGAGUUGGGAAAGUAAUAUGCCGUGUGCGCUUGUGCGAGUGACUGCAUGUACGCUUGUUUGUGUGUCAGUGUGAAUGGUUGAAAUAUUCUAAGCACAUGAUGCAUCUCAAACAGAAGCAGCCAUUGUGUCAACAUUUUCCAAAAGUAACUUAAAAGAAAGAAAGAAAAAAUACUUUAUUGCAUCAAUACGUCCGUUUGUGUUCAAGCUCAGUUGCUGUGAGCUGCCACAAAUAGCCCGUGAGAGGUGGUUGACUGACUUUCAGGGCUAAAGUAAGUUAUUGAUAAGCUGUUAUGUGAUCUUAGUGCAAGAGGUAAAGUUUAAAUGAAUUUUUUUUUUAUUUUUAUUUUUUUUACUAUUGUUAUUUGAUAGUGAUAUUAAGUAAAGGUCCUAAAUAUGGCUAGAUCAGAACUGUUCAUAAGCAUAAUUUUCUCUUAUGUCCAUCUUAGAUCUCUAGAUGUUACAAGAAGAUAUGUUUGCUCCAAUAUUACUUUCCUAUCAUACACUUCAUGUAUAAAUAUCAUGUGCAUAUUUAUAGUUAAAUAAAUUUUCCUAAUGACCUUAUUAUUACUUUAUUUUUAUUUUUUUAUUUAAUUUUAAAGAACAUUCUAUAGGAACACUUUACAAAGGUACAGUCUCCCAGCAUUUUAUUAGAUUUAUUUAUCACAAGUUUGUACUGCUUGGACUACUUCCAUUCUGAGAUCCAGGGCUUGCUUUGUACGCUGAAAGAUCAAAAACAAAGAACCCCAGGACAAGUUUAGCUGAGAGUUAUACCACUUCAUGCUUUUCUGCAAGGUUGAAAAUCAAUAUUCAUUGUGAAUGUGGUACUUAGUCUAGCUUUUGGAGGCUCUCUUUCAUUAUUAUUGUUGUUGUUGUUUAAAUAGUAUAUUUAUUCAUAUACGUGAUUUUCAUUUCAGUCCGUACAUUGGUUGGAAGAAAGUGUUAGAUGAAGUGUUAAUUUUUUGUGCCUGGAUUCAAUUAUAAUUUUUUUAUUUCUAUUAUUAUUAUUAUUAUUAUUAUUAUUAUUAUUAUUAUUAUUAUACCCCCCUGGUUAGUAUCCCAUGGGACUGGUCCAGCAUCUGCCUCAUGCAUUAGUAUACCUUUUCCCUUCAUACAAGCAACCAUCUUACCCUUGUUAGUUAGACUUUACUCAUUCUGUACUCACUAUUAUAUAUUCCAUGCAAGUGAAUAUCCAUGAGUGUUAGUGUGUGUGCAUGUGUUUGUGUGUUUGUGUAUAUAUAUACAUAUAUACUUUGUGUGUCUUAUUUAUAUGUUUGAUCACAUCCUACAAUUUCUGUAUGCUGCACGACAUGAGUGAAGUGCAGUUGGUGGAUUUGACACCUCUUCCUUUCUGUGAGGGUAAAAAUGCCUUGAUGCAAGUAUAAUAUAGCAUUACUAUUUAAAGUGUAUUUGUACUGUACAGUUAUCUGAUAACUAACAAGGGUAAGCACACAACUCCUUUUUACCAGUCUUGUUUGGCAGUGGUCUACCGGACAAUAUACGGAUAUAUUGAGUGCUCUCUCCUCCACAAAUCUCUCUAUUGUUUUGGCAUACUGGUGAAGUAUGUUGCUGUUAAAUUUAUGGAGAUAUAGUUUGUGAAAGUGGUUGAAUUUAUUCUAAAUAAGUGAUGAAUGUUGGAUAAUUAUUUUUUGUUUUUUUGACUUUUAUUGGUGACAUACUGGCAUUCUGAAACCCAUGGAGCCGUUUGUUUGUAUACAACUAGACUGCAAAUGGUUUUUAUCACUUUGCAUGAAAUUUAUUGAACUGACCAGUGUUUAUGGAUGCAAUAUGGCAGCCAGAUUGUGGAGGGUGGAGCACCUCAGUGAACUCAUCAGUAUAAGUACCAAAGAAAAGCUUGUGGAAUCCUGUAGUUUGGUGUCUCCAGUCUGUAACCUAGACUCUGAAACCCUUCAGUUCGCUUCCUUGGAACAAUAUGAAAAGGCAGUUACUUUGUCAGUCCAUUGUGAUUACCCUUGAUAUGCAAGAACAGCUGUUUUGAAGCUUCAGUCAACAAUAUACAAAAUUUGUUGCUUCCUUUUGGAGCCACAUUCCAGUUGUGAUGGCCAAUGAUAGGUGUAAAAUAAUUAAUACUUUAGUUAUUGGACAUUGUAUCAUCUGGUCUUCUUACAUAGCCGUUGUAAUAAGAGAACAUGCUAAAAGUAUGUUUUUUUGUUUGUUUUUUUCCAUGUACAGUAGUAUUUGGUUAUCAGAAAAGGGAUUUGAUAACCUUGUCAUUGGUCUGACCUUGUAUUCCAUCAGUUGUAACGAGAGCUGAAGUAAUGUUUUAGAUCUUGGUAUUUCAUACCUCUGCAUGUUACCCUGUCUCAGGCCCCAACUUCUGAUGCUGCUCUUCCCUGGUCAUGUGUUGUCGGCCUAUUUUUAUACAUAUCUCGCCUGCUCGCAUCUAGGGUUUUUGUAGAAAGCUUGAGAAGUAGGGAUUCACGCAUCCAUUUUAUUUCACCUGCACCUCCCUCUAGCAGUUUGGGGCCCCAGUCAAUAUUCAAGUUCUGGAUACUUCGAUGCGCCAACUUCAUAGGUGGCACACCGACAUACAUUUUCAUUUUUGUUUUUCUUUGUUUUUAUACAUGAACACCAGGGUAAGUUAGCAUUCACUUGUACUAACGAAACUUGUGUCAUACUGCCAUUGAAAGUAUUGUUACACCACAUUAUUUCCUCCUAUGAAUUGUACGAUUUUUUCCUCUCGAGAACUUAGAAAUGAUUACACUAUAAAGGUCAGUCUUACAUUAAGGCCGUAUGGAAGAUGGUUGUUCCUGAGCAGUCUGUUUUUGUUAAUCUAUUUAAGUUGAUUGGCAGCCAGUCCUUCACAGUGUAGACAGUGAAUGGCGGAAAUGAUCCAAGGUUGGUUAGGUCAUAUACAUUUGACUGGAUUCUGAAACCACGUGACACAAGUCAUGAUUCAAAUAAGACGAACAUUAACUUCAAGUAACUGUCUUCGGGGAAAUUGGAUUACGACACGAGCCUGCAAAAGACAGCUGCUAGGUUAGGAGGAGAUAUUGAUGUUUUGAGAGACAGUGAUUUAGUGGUUUUUCAGAAUUUGAGCCUUCUCAGUGGGUAGAGGCCUCCUGUACAUAAACCUCCACUCAGUAUCAAUAAAUUGUAUCAUCUGA